UUGUGAAUUUUAUGAUAUUGUCUUUCCAUAGACAAGCAGAGUAAAUCAUGUCUGGAAGUUUUUACUUUGUCAUGGUUGGUCAUCAUGACAACCCGGUGUUUGAGAUGGAGUUCUUACCAUCGGGGAAGCCUGAAUCCAAGGACGACCACCGUCACUUAAACCAGUUUAUUGCACACGCAGCCCUGGAUUUGGUGGAUGAAAACAUGUGGCUGUCAAACAACAUGUACUUAAAAACUGUGGACAAGUUCAACGAGUGGUUUGUUUCCGCCUUUGUCACUGCAGGACAUAUAAGAUUCAUCAUGCUUCAUGACGUGCGGCAAGAAGAUGGAAUCAAGAACUUUUUUAAUGAUGUGUAUGAUUUAUACAUUAAGUUUGCAAUGAAUCCAUUCUAUGAGACCAACGCACCAAUCCGCUCCACAGCUUUUGAGAGGAAAGUGCAGUUCCUUGGAAAGAAACAUCUGCUUAGUUAACAUGUUUCUUAAUGCAAUUUUGCUGUCUUGGUCGUGUUUUUUUUUUUUUUAUAUAAAUAGUGUUUUGUGAAUUGUCAAAUGCACUGUACACACAAUUUGUCUAUAAAGCAUUUUUUUCUUCAUAAUCUA